AUGGAUGCCCGUUCCCCAGCAACCCCAAACACGCCCUAUGGCCAAGCCAGCCAGUACAAGGUCAACGUCAACCGGCAGAAGACGAGGAAAUGGGUUGAGGCAAAGGCACAGAAUUACGACGGCGACGACUGGGGCGCAGAAGACGACCUUGACGAAUAUGAUGCCCAGGAUACUGGUAGUGCAGGUGGGCGCCAAGAUUAUUUCAACCAACCCCCGCAGCCUCAGAGGCCGGGCAGGUUGACGGCCGGAUUGCGCGCAAUCUCCAACAGCGGGCCACCCACGCCGGGCUCCGGAUCCGCGGGCUCGUCGCCCAGCCUGAGACCGAGCGAGCGUAUAGCCUUGGAGAAGCAGGCCGCCGGAAACAGGAGCGCCAGCGGGCCGCCAGCUCUCCAUAUCCAGACGCCGAUCACGACACAGACACAACCGCCACCACAGGUCGCGGGGCCACCCGGAGGACCGGCGGAUGUUGCGGCCUCCCCGUUCCCGCCUCGGAAGAGCAGUAUGACGAGACAGGAUAGACCCAAUCUGACGAAUCCCGACGCACGACCGCCUCGGACGAGCUCGAGACCCGAGUCCCCAGCGAACGCAACGAGAUCGCCGGCCUCGGCGACGGGCCCUCCGAAAUUCAUCCGGCCGUCCGACAUCUACAAGCGCAUGGAGGAGGAGAAGGAAAAAGAACGUAGGUCACUGGAAUCGGUGGGAAGGCCAAGUCUGGAUAGCCUCGGUGGUCGCAGUGGUGACGAAAGCGACACGACAAAUGCCCGGCGGCGCCCGAGUUUCGGCAGGAACGAUGAAGGAGAUGCCAACCGCAGCCUGCGGCCCUUGGACACCGUCGCAGAGAGGAAGAGCGAGUAUGGAUUUGAUGGGCUGAUGAUCAACCCAGCAGAACCAGCUCCACCGAAGCCAGAGAUGCCAACCCAGUUCGAACCCAGGAAUGCGAGUGUCCCCGAGCCAAAGUCCCAACCUGAGCCUUCGAUCUCUUCCCAGCCCCAGCCGCCGAUGCUGCACCAUCCCCAGGCCACACUUGACCCAGGAACCACAGCCGAGCCGGUGAAGCGCUAUUCUACGAGCCCCAAGCUGCCGCUCCUUUCACGAAUGAGUGGGUUUGGGGGUGACUUCUUUUCUGGAGGCCUGGGCUUUGCGACCGACUCACCCAAGUCGUCAGAGCCGCCCACCGAUAGCACGCCGACACGUACAGACGCCUCAGGUGGAGACGAUAUCACACACGCAGCGCGAACAGUAGACGACGGCCAUUCGAGCGCCCCGCAGUCCUCCGAACCUCGCCAGGCGAAGCCUUUCCGCCCUUCCUUUCCUGGAGCCUGGGUCAGUGAGACGGCCACCACACCUGGAGAGAUGGCAACCCCUGGUAGCAACAUAGCUGCCGCUUCAGGCGAUGUCCCUUCCAUUAGUGAGAGCCCAGAAGAUGCCCAUCUAAAACCAGCACCUCUGCGAACACCAUCUCCAGGCAGUGCAAGUGCAUUUAGCGCCCACAACGAGCAACAGCCUACCAGGUCCGGAAGUACGUCGCCCGCUAAUCACCAAUAUCUCGAAGCUACAGCAGAGCGGCCCACCCCUCAAGGCGGCCCCACGCGCGAUUUCACUUUGGACCAAGACAGCCAGGACAAGGCACGGGCUCGCCGAGAUAUGACCCCGAUUGCACCCCUACAGCCUCGAAAAGGCUCAUUCGUGGAGGAGUCCUCGGAGCAACCCCGCGAUCACAUCACCAGAGUCGACACGGUGAGCACGGCAGACAACGCGUCGCCACUUAAGGAGAGCGAUGUCCUUCGUGACGAGAUCAUGCGGAGCCUUAGUCCGGUUCGUCCGUCGGAUGGGCAUAUGGAAGCACCUCGAGAUGAAAGCGCGCUCCGCGAGAGUGCCUACCUGAAUGAUGUCUACGGUGACUAUUGGUCAGGUGAGGACAAACCACCUGAGGUUCCUCUGAAACAACAGGAUUCCCGUGAACCCGAGCCUACGCCAGCAGCAAAGGACGAGGAGGCGGAUGCCACGCCUAAACCUCCCGCACACCCAGCAUUCGAGCCCGUGAAGACGGACACUGCUCCACCAGCCAUUCCAGCUGCUGAGCCAGAGCCUUCUAUGCCAGCCCUGAGGCGAGAGCGCUUCUCUUGGGAGGCAGCCUCUAAUUCCGGGGGCAACUCUGCGCAGCCAUCGCCAACAAAGCAGGCAACCACGGAGUCUCCGGAGACCUUGACAAGUCCAGUGACUGCAGCACGACAAGAAGACCCCUCAAGCCCCCACGGCGAUGGUCGCACCUCACCUCUUCUAUCACUGCCUACCCUAAACUUCGCUGACAGCGACAUGUCCCCCCAAGUGGUAUCAGCAGUAAGCACGCAUCCUCCAGGCCAGGGCCUCACCGCCAGCGACACACAAUCGCCGCAGUCUAACACCAGCGGCCAGGACGUCCUCUCCCCGGAAGCCGACGAGGGCGCAAACAGAAAUCUCUACCCCACCGAGGACAAGAUGCUGGUCCAGUCGCCCAUGUCGCCACUGUCCCCAAUGGAGCCGAUCCCCAUCCCGAUGCCCGACGACGAGGAGGCACAGCGUGCUACUUCGCCACCCCCGGCUGCAGAGCCCGAAGGCGUGCCCCUGCCACGGAGCCCGUCGCCCACACAGGCGGGCGGCGCGGGGGAGAAGCGGCAGAGCCAGAUCGCGUACAACAACAUGUCGCUGAAGCAGAUCCUGCAGCUCCCCUCGCCGGCGGACCGGGUGCAGAAGAUGCAGGAGACGCGCGACCACUUCGCGGCACUGGAGGCGGGCCUGGCGGCAUGGCUGGCGGACAUGGCGGCGCAGCCGGCGCACGAGAACGCGAUGGCGUCGUACGGCUACGCGCUGUCGGGCGAGGACGCCGAGCUGUGGGGCACCAAGGGCGGGGCGGCGCGGAUCCCGCUCAACGCGCCUGCCGAGGCGGGAGAGGAUGGGGCCGGGGGAGGCGGGGCAGCUGGUGCGCCGCACGUCGGCCGCACGGCCAGCACCAGCAUCAAUAUGGGCAACCUCGUCCACCACUCCGGCCAGGCUGGGGCCAAGGGCAAGGAGCUGCUGCAGAGCGCGGGCAAGAUGGGUAAGGGCUUGCUCAGCAAGGGAAAGAAUAAGCUGAGGGAGAGGGCUGAGUCGAAGAGGGCUUGA